AUGGCACCCAAGAAGAAGGAAGAGCCUAAACCAGCUCCAGCACCCAAGCCUCCAGAGCCUGAGCCCCCCAAAGAGCCCGAGUUUGACCCCAAAGCAAUCCAGCUGGAGUUCACUCCCGAGCAAAUUGAAGAUUUCAAAGAUGCGUUCCAGCUGUUUGACAGGACGCCGACCAACGAAAUGAAAAUCACAUACGCGCAGUGUGGCGAUCUGAUCAGAGCCCUGGGACAAAACCCCACCAACGCUGAAGUGAUGUACGUCCUUGGCAAGCCCAAAGCUGAAGAUAUGCAGGUGAAAAUGCUGGAUUUUGAUCAGUUCCUGCCCAUGCACCAGCACAUCUGCAAGGCCAAGGACCGCGGCACAUUUGAAGACUUUGUUGAGGGUCUGAGGGUGUUUGAUAAGGAGGGAAAUGGCACAGUCAUGGGCGCUGAGCUUAGACACGUCCUGGCCACCCUGGGGGAGAAGAUGAAGGAGGAUGAGGUGGAGCAGUUAAUGGCCGGUCAGGAGGAUGCCAACGGCUGCAUAAACUAUGAGGCUUUUGUGAAGUACAUCAUGGCUGGUUAAAAAGAUAAUCAAGACAUGACAGCUGGGA